UAUAUUUUAAACAAUCAAAGUAUGUAGAUGAUUGAAUCAAGAAACAGCUAAAUUUCAGAUUUUGAAGAAAAUUUGUCUGUUGGUGCUGCCUAACUUGUCAGUGGCUUGGUAGCACUUGGUAGCAGUAGACACAGAGGGGAAGAAAAAUAGUCUGAAGGAUGGAGUACGAAGGAAAAGACGGACCCCAUCAUCACACUGGUGGAGUGAAGCCUUUUGGCAUAGAAGGCCGAUUCGCCCGUGAACGUGAACGUUUGGCUGGAGGCUUCACUGACGCAGACCGAGCUUGGCGUUCCCAAUUCCUGAAGGAUCAAGUUCUUCACAACGAGCCCGUCAUCCCAGAAUGGUACUACAAAGAGCGGUACAACCCAAUCAGAAGGUUUUAUCGUUGGCCUCUUGAUACAUUAUUCGGUACUAAACAUGAGACUUAUGAAACGAACUUUCGCAAGUUUGCCCCACGUUAUUGGACUGGAAAGUUCCUCAUGGGUUUGGCUACAGCGUACAUUGGAUAUUACUGCUUCAAAUAUCAUGCUAAUGACUGGCAAUCACAUGGAGGAUUCGAUUCCAUUGGACGGAAAACAUUCAGACCCAUAGGUAGCGAGUUCUACAAUACCAAGGAGACCCUGAAGCCCGCAGAUUACUAUGACAACCGUCGUGGGUUCAACAAAUGCCCCAUAUAACUUUUUGACCCUUUGUAUAGAGGCCUCAACAGGGAGAGGCCACACAUAGAAGUAUAUAUGUUAAUAAAGUUUCAUCUUUGAUAAUUCAA